AUCCCUUCCCCCCCGCCCUCCACCCCUCCACUCCCCCCACGCGCAGCAGUCCGCGCCCCCAACCCCCCACCCCCACGCGCCGCCGCCGCUAGGGUUUCUCACCCACGCCGCCUCCCUCGCAGGAGGAGCCCGAAUCUCCAGCAGCAGCCAUGAGCGACGGCAAGGACACCCUCGACCUCUCCGCCCUUGGCGCCGCCGUCCCCAACGCCGCAGAGCUCAGCGCCGAGGACAAGGCCAACCUCGUGGAGUCGAUUAAGAACACGCUGCAGGGAUUGGCGGCCCGGCACACGGACGUGCUCGAGAGCCUGGAGCCCAAGGUCAGGAAGCGGGUCGAGGCGCUCAGAGAGAUCCAGAGCCAACAUGAUGAAUUUGAGGCAAAGUUUUUUGAGGAGAGAGCUGCGCUUGAAGCUAAAUAUCAGAAGAUGUACGAGCCACUGUACUCAAAGCGUCAUGAUGUUGUCAAUGGUGUGGUUGAGGUAGAAGGUGUAACCAAAGACGUCUCAGGUGAAGCUGCUGCAGAUCAGAAAGAGGAGGUGGGUGUGCCAGAUUUCUGGUUGAAUGCAAUGAAGAACCAUGAAAUCCUUGCUGAGGAGAUCCAAGAGAGGGAUGAGGAAGCUCUCAAGUACCUCAAGGACAUCAAGUGGUACAGAAUUACUGAGCCAAAGGGUUUCAAGCUUGAGUUCCACUUCAAUACAAAUCCAUUCUUCAAGAAUGACGUGCUUACAAAGACGUACCACAUGAUUGAUGAAGAUGAACCAAUCCUAGAGAAGGCCAUUGGUACUGAAAUUGAAUGGUAUCCUGGAAAGAGCUUGACACAAAAGGUGCUAAAGAAGAAGCCAAAGAAGGGGUCAAAGAACACUAAACCAAUCACAAAAAUCGAAAAUUGCGAGAGCUUCUUCAAUUUCUUCAGCCCACCUCAAGUUCCUGAUGACGACGAGGAAAUUGAUGAGGAUACAGCUGAGCAGUUGCAAAACCAGAUGGAGCAAGAUUAUGAUAUCGGAUCUACCAUCAGAGACAAGAUUAUUCCACAUGCUGUUUCAUGGUUCACUGGAGAGGCCGCUCAGGAUGAGGACUUUGACGGCAUGAUGGAUGAUGAUGAUGAAGACGACGAAGAUGAUGAUGAGGAGGAUGAGGAUGAAGACGAGGACGACGAGGAAGACGAAGAUGAUGAUGAUGGUGAUAAGAAGAAGGGCGGCCGAGUUCCUGCAGGCGAAGGGCAGCAGGGGGAGCGGCCCGCCGAGUGCAAGCAACAGUGAGGUGCUUUAGACAUGGAGACUAUUUUUCUUGGCCGAAUGCUUGGUUCUGCUUGAUGCUAUGUCGGGGUUUUGGUUAUGGAUUGAGUUGGUUUUGUGGAACCAAUGGGGGAUUUCGUUGUUGGGGACAUGGUAUUAUAUGCUGGUAGCAUUUCAAUUGUUGUAUUGGGUUGAAAUACUUUGUCCGCUGCUUGGAGUGAUCAUCAAAUGGUGCCAGUUUGGUAGUCCUA